AUGACUCCAGGAUGGUAUAUCGUCUCCCUGGUCAAGGACGUCAUAGAGCGGUUGCAGGACAUUCUUGCGGGGGCGGGUGAACAGCCAGAGGUCGUGGCCCACAUUGGGACCAAUGACAAAGGUAAGAAGGGGGAUGAGGUCCUGCAAUCAGAAUUUAGGGAGCUGGGUGGUAAAUUAGCAAGCAAGACCUCUGAUGAAGAUGGGAGCGGGACUCUGAGACGCAGUGGAUCCCUCGGUAAGAUCAAGGAUGUCCUGAAACGCAGCAGCGAGAUGCUGGUCAAGAAACUACAAGGAAAUGGACCACCUGAGCCAAAAAAUCCCAGCAUGAAAAGGGCAUCCUCCCUGAAUUACCUCAAUCGGACCAGCGAUGAAUCGUUCCAGGUGAGGGCAAUCGAACACACUAACCUGAGCAGGCCUGAACGUAACUCAGCCAGACACAGUAACCUGCACAGGCCUGAACGCAAGUCAGCCGGACACACUGACCUGCACAGGACUGAAUGGGUCUCGGAGUAGCUUGGUGGAGUCCAGGGGUUUGAGCGCCAGUAACGUGGACCUAUCGCAUCAUUCGUCUCUCCUGGAGCAGAACUAGAGGGAUUGAGGAGUGCCUGAUCCUGACAGCCAGGGGCUUGGAGUCAGGCACUUACUGCAGCCUUCUCUUCCCAAUAAUCAUCAAAUUUUACCCUGUACAGUUCAUGUAAAUACUCCAGAGCAGUGUCUGUCAGGAUGUGCAGAUAUCUCAUCUCGUGUACAGUCCACAUGCCCUGCCCUGGCUCCUUGCCACCUGCUGCUUCUCCAGUCAAACACAGUUUCACUCGCGUUCACAUCUCAGCCAGUGUGUUUCUGUUACCAGAGGUGAACUGACAGUGCUCAGCAGUAGCUUCAGCUGCCUGUACACCAGCUCCCUCUGCCUGUACUGUCAACAGCCUGUACCCCCAGCUCCCUCAGCCUGUACCCCCAGCUCCCUCUGCCUGUACUGCCAACAGCUUGAACCCCCAGCUCCCUCUGCCUGUACUGCCAACAGCCUGUACCCCCAGCUCCCUCAGCCUGUACCCCCAGCUCCCUCUGCCUGUACUGCCAACAGCCUGUACCCCCAGCUCCCUCAGCCUGUACCCCCAGCUCCCUCUGCCUGUACUGCCAACAGCCUGUACCCAGCUCCCUCCACCUGUACUGCCAACAGCCUGUACCCAGCUCCCUCCACCUGUACUGCCAACAGGCUGUACCCCAGCUUCCUCCACCUGUACUGCCAACAGCCUGUACCCAGCUCCCUCUACCUGUACUGCCAACAGCCUGUACCCAGCUCCCUCCACCUGUACUGCCAACAGCCUGUACCCAGCUCCCUCCACCUGUACUGCCAACAGGCUGUACCCCAGCUCCCUCCACCUGUACUGCCAACAGGCUGUACCCAGCUCCCUCCACCUGUACUGCCAACAGCCUGUACCCAGCUCCCUCUACCUGUACUGCCAACAGGCUGUACCCCAGCUUCCUCUGCCCGUACUGUCAGCCGUCAGUCCCCAACCCCUGCCCCAGCUCCCUGUGCCUGUACUGUCAUUAGUCUCUACUGCCCCUCAUCCCUGUUCCCUAACCUUGUCCUAUCCACCCGUCUGUUCCCCACCUCCCUGCACCACCCCAGCUCCCUCUGCCCAGUGGGCCAUUCUGUUUCAAAUUCCCCUGUCAUGUUGUGGGAGUCGGUUUCAAAUUCCCCUGACAGUGAGGGAGUCGGUUUCGAAUUCCCCUGACAGUGAGGGAGACGGUUUCGGAUUCCCCUGACAGUGAAGGAGUCAGUUUCAAAUUCCCCUGACAGUGAGGGAGUCGGGAGUCGGUUUCGAAUUCCCCUGACAGUGGGGGAGUCAGUUUCGAAUUCCCCUGACAGUGAGGGAGUCGGGAGUCGGUUUCGAAUUCCCCUGACAGUGGGGGAGUCAGUUUCAAAUUCCCCUGACAGUGAGGGAGUCGGGAGUCGGUUUCGAAUUCCCCUGACAGUGGGGGAGUCAGUUUCAAAUUCCCCUGACAGUGAGGGAGUCGGGAGUCGGUUUCGAAUUCCCCUGACAGUGGGGGAGUCAGUUUCGAAUUCCCCUGACAGUGAGGGAGUCGGGAGUCGGUUUCGAAUUCCCCUGACAGUGAAGGAGUCAGUUUCAAAUUCCACUGACAGUGAGGGAGUCGGGAGUCGGUUUCGAAUUCCCCUGACAGUGGGGGAGUCAGUUUCAAAUUCCCCUGACAGUGAGGGAGUCGGGAGUCGGUUUCGAAUUCCCCUGACAGUGGGGGAGUCAGUUUCGAAUUCCCCUGACAGUGAGGGAGUCGGUUUCGAAUUCCCCUGACAGUGAAGGAGUCGGUUUCGAAUUCCCCUGACAGUGAGGGAGUCGGUUUCGAAUUCCCCUGACAGUGAGGGAGUCGGUUUCGAAUUCCCCUGACAGUGAGGGAGUCGGUUUCGAAUUCCCCUGACAGUGAGGGAGUCGGUUUCGAAUUCCCCUGACAGUGAGGGAGUCGGUUUCGAAUUCCCCUGACAGUGAGGGAGUCGGUUUCGAAUUCCCCUGACAGUGAGGGAGUCGGUUUCGAAUUCCCCUGACAGUGAGGGAGUCGGUUUCGAAUUCCCCUGACAGUGAGGGAGUCGGUUUCGAAUUCCCCUGACAGUGAGGGAGUCGGUUUCGAAUUCCCCUGACAGUGAGGGAGUCGGUUUCGAAUUCCCCUGACAGUGAGGGAGUCGGUUUCGAAUUCCCCUGACAGUGAGGGAGUCGGUUUCGAAUUCCCCUGACAGUGAAGGAGUCAGUUUCAAAUUCCCCUGACAGUGAGGGAGUCGGGAGUCGGUUUCGAAUUCCCCUGACAGUGGGGGAGUCAGUUUCGAAUUCCCCUGACAGUGAGGGAGUCGGGAGUCGGUUUCGAAUUCCCCUGACAGUGAGGGAGUCGGGAGUCGGUUUCGAAUUCCCCUGACAGUGAAGGAGUCAGUUUCAAAUUCCACUGACAGUGAGGGAGUCGGGAGUCGGUUUCGAAUUCCCCUGACAGUGGGGGAGUCAGUUUCGAAUUCCCCUGACAGUGAGGGAGUCGGGAGUCGGUUUCGAAUUCCCCUGACAGUGAAGGAGUCAGUUUCAAAUUCCACUGACAGUGAGGGAGUCGGGAGUCGGUUUCGAAUUCCCCUGACAGUGGGGGAGUCAGUUUCAAAUUCCCCUGACAGUGAGGGAGUCGGGAGUCGGUUUCGAAUUCCCCUGACAGUGGGGGAGUCAGUUUCGAAUUCCCCUGACAGUGAGGGAGUCGGUUUCGAAUUCCCCUGACAGUGAGGGAGUCGGUUUCGAAUUCCCCUGACAGUGAGGGAGUCGGGAGUCGGUUUCGAAUUCCCCUGACAGUGAGGGAGUCGGUUUCGAAUUCCCCUGACAGUGAGGGAGUCGGUUUCGAAUUCCCCUGACAGUGAGGGAGUCGGUUUCGAAUUCCCCUGACAGUGAGGGAGUCGGUUUCGAAUUCCCCUGACAGUGAGGGAGUCGGUUUCGAAUUCCCCUGACAGUGAGGGAGUCGGUUUCGAAUUCCCCUGACAGUGAGGGAGUCGGUUUCGAAUUCCCCUGACAGUGAGGGAGUCGGUUUCGAAUUCCCCUGACAGUGAGGGAGUCGGUUUCGAAUUCCCCUGACAGUGAGGGAGUCGGUUUCGAAUUCCCCUGACAGUGAGGGAGUCGGUUUCGAAUUCCCCUGGCUGCAGUGGGAUAUUCAAAAUUCCCAAGGAUGAAACCACCCUACCUGGAACUUUUCAUCAAAGGCUUACCCCAGGGCCUGAGGCCAUUUGGCCUGUUGUGUCUGUGGUAGCUCUCUGCAGUUAAUCCCACUUCCCCCUGCUCUUUGCCCAUCAAACUGCAACUUCUUUCUUCGUGUAUUUAUAUCCAAUUCUCCUUCCGGAAGUCCCUGUCGAACCUGCGGUCACCUCCCUUUCAGGCAGCGCCUUCCAGAUCCCAGCUAAAACCUUUUCGUUUCUUUGAUGAAUAUCCUUAAACCAACCUCCCCGCUGCGAGGAGGUUAGACCAGGUGUGUCCUGCCUGGUCUGUUGCAGAGUAAGAUUCCAGCUGGGAGUAAGAACCCUCAGUACCCCCCCCACCACCCCCCUGAGCCUUUCUCAAUCCGUAACAUGGCUGGUCAUGUCCUGGAAUCUACACUUUGUGUUGUUCCUGUUAACUUCGCUGUGCGCUCACGGUCGCUGCCAAUCACUAAACUCAUUCUCAGCUGGUACACGCGUGAUCUGGGUGGAGGGUGCGGGUUGGACUCAGUCGAUGAUCACCCUUGGGAAUCCUCAGGACAUGUAUUUUGCGUAGAUCUGCUGUGAAAACACUAAUUCUAUACUGUGCUGGACUGACACAUGUUGAACACUAUCCGGUACGCUGACACGUUACCCUGUAAGGUGUACAAAUCUUCACACUCCCAGUCCAGCUCCCAAAUGUAGGGUUAAUUGGAACAGAGUUUCUCUUGGUUUAGAUUUAAAACUAUGUGAAUGAAUUUGAUUUAAAUAUCUUUAUGGAUCUCUCCCUCUCUUUCUGUUGAUUUUAAUAUACUUGAAUCCCCCUCUGCGAGGCGCUGGGUCUAGAUUGCUUUGACUUAACAACGCCUGCUCGACACCCCCCGAUUGAAUUUCCAAUGUGUUUUACUUGAAUAAAAUUUGAAUUUGAAA